AUGUCGCUGAGGAGAUCCAAAAGAAAGUCUACCGCCUCAGACACUUCUCUUGGUCAAGGAUUUCCGUCAAUCACUUCCACAUACACACCGCGUGUCGAGGCCGAACAACAACUCAACGAAGCUGCCUUCCGGAAUGAUCGCCCAACCGGAAAGAAUGUCAUCGUCGUCUCCGGUUCACCUGGGAACGGAAAGACACAGUUAAUUCUGCAUUUCGUUCAGCAGAACCGCAAAAAGUUCGUCGCGGCCUACUUCAUUGAUAGUUCCUCCGAUAAACUGGUUAGGGAUGGGUUCAAGAAAUAUAUCCAACCGCCUGGAAUCACGGACCCUCAGGAAGGCCUUCGCUAUCUCGAACGCUCUCAAGCACCCGGGAAAGGGCCAUGCUUAAUCGUAUUUGAUAAUCUCGCGUCCUCUGUCGAUAUUAACCCCUAUCUUUCAACCUCGGACCAUUUCCUCGUCCUCAUCACGACACAAGCACAACUGUACCUCUCACCACGUGCUACGGUGUAUCUCGGAGAGAUGACGCCGUCCGAAGCCAAGGAGCUGCUGGAACUUCAGCUAGUUUCCACGCCUGCAUCUACAGAUACCCUGAAGAGGAUAGGAGAUGCCCUUGGAAAUCAACCUGCCGCGAUCACUUGCGCGACAGCAUACAUGAAUGCGUCAGGUACACCCCCAGAUACCUACCUAUCGCGUCUACAACCGGAGCUUAUAGCAGAGAGGACUCGUUCCGGAGAUUUCCACACGGCAAUGUAUGCAGCCCUCACCGUCUCAUACAACACCAUCUCAGAAGGUGCUCAGCAACUUCUACUCCUUCUCUCUUGCUUCGUUCCCGUCAGAUUCCCUCUUCUCCAACUUGUCAAUCAGGCAGCUAGUACCGACUUCGACUACAAGAUGUACCCAAUGGUGCGGAGAAGCGAAGAAAAGACCAGAGACGCAGUAUCUCUUCUUCAGCAAAUCUUUUGCGCGAAAGGGAGCUUUGACGAAGAAGGGCUACGCCGGGAGUACCAAGGCUUGAAACAAUACAGCUUCAUCUCGGACGCCAAAGCUGGAGACUUGGUUUUGACCUCUCUCCAUCCAGAGGUCAAGUCCUGGGUUAGGAGCUGGAUCAAUAAACCAACCGAGGAGGCAUAUCAAGCAGCGGCCAUCCAACUCCUCGGAUGCUCGCCUAAGGGCAAAGACCCAAUGGACCAGUACCUGAAUCCACAGAUAAUGGCGCUCGAAUCCUCCUUUGACACCCUCCGCACCAACGACAAGGCCUCCUUUGCCAGAGUUCUCUACCGCACUGGGGAUCAUGGGAAGUCUCUCCAGCUCUUCACGCAGGUGAUUGAGGACCUGCAACGAGAUCCCAGACAAAACCACGAGGACACUCUAGAGGACACUCUAGAAGCACUUGCCGAGCUUGCAAACGUUGAGCAAGCCUGCGGAAACUAUGCCCGCGCCAAGACGCAUAGGGAGACUAUCACCAAGUGGAGACGUGGACGCCUUGGGCUCGACCAUCCGAAAACACUAGAGGCAGAGGGAUUGCUGGCUGAGACCUGUACCAGCCUCGGCGAAAAUGCAGAGGCCGUGAAUCUGUACAGACGGAUUUUGAAAGUGAGGAUAGGGACUCUGGGUGACGACGGCACCCUUACCCUUGUGACGAAGGCAAAGCUGGCAGACGUCUAUCAUGCCUCAGGUGAUAAAGGCGAAGCUCUGGCCCUCAGAAGAGAUGUCUAUACUGGACGAAAGAAUACGCUCGGUCCGGAUAAACCAGACACUAUUCUCGCUGCUAGCAAUCUUGCCGUUUCCUGCUAUAGCCUUGCUACGUCCAAGAGCAGGGGAAAUGUAGCUGAAGAAAGGGAAAUUGGAGAGCUGCUCUCCCAGGCAGAGAAGCUCCAGGUCCAGGUUCUACAGUAUCGAAAGACAGCCCUCGGAGUCUUGGAUCCCGAAACUCAACUUGCCAUGGGGAAUCUGAUGUGGACAUACUAUGAACUCGACAAAAGGACAGAAGCGGAAGAAGUGGCUCAAAUCUUAUAUAAUGCUACCAAGAGUCUAUAUGGAUCAAAUCACACCUCUACUCGACGAGCCGGACUUGCUCUAGCUCUUUUCCAGGAAGAUCUCUCAUCUGCCGAAGCGAUUCAACAGGCCCUCAAUGAGAACGAUCCAGAUUAUGAGUAUGCGACAAACAUUGUGGAAACAAUAAAGGCGAAGAGAUCAUUCUUCCGCCGGUUUCUCGACUUUAUUUACCUUGCUAAGCAGGUUUUCUUGGGUCGGUUCUUUGCGGGAGCCGCCCUCACACUCGCGGUGUAUGAUUGGCUGAUCGUCCUAGAGCGAGAGAUAAGUUGGGUGUGGCUUACUCGUUGGCGAUGGACAAAAGGCGUCUACCUGAUCAAUCGCGUCUUGGCCGUCGUCGGGUUGACAAUUACAGUAAUCGAGACAACGGACCAAUGGAGUAUGCCGUUAUCAGUCAAAUUGUACACACCGCCUGUACUAAGCUACUGCGUUCACUCUUUCUCACCAUUGAUCACAGCUGUAAAGUCUACUUUUGCCAUCCUCACGCUCCGCGUCGUUGUAUUGUACAAUAAUCAACCGUCUGUCAAAAGGUGUCUCUUCUUAUUACUCAUCAUCACCUGGUCUCUCGCAUUUGCAUUUACCGCAAACACUCUCUACCUCUUGGCUGCACGAACAUAUUAUUCGACAGACUUUCACUUGUGUGCUUCAACGGCGAAUGCGCUUCUAUCCUCUGCAAUCUUUGUCAUACCAGCCCGCUUUGAGCUGGUCCUUUUGCGAUGA